AUGGGAGAAAACGCAGAGCCUGCCCGCUUUCUUGCCUCUCGCUUCGACUACAUCAUUGUCGGCGGGGGCACAGCCGGUUCGGUCUUGGCCGCCCGUUUGAGCGAAGAUGCUACUGUCAAAGUGGGAGUUCUUGAAGCAGGCAAAUCCCGAGUCGGCGAUGCCCAUGUUGACUCGCCCUGGGGAAUUUCCCAGAUGCUGUCAAAUCCGGAGUAUGACUGGGCGCUUGAGACUACUCCCCAGGCUGGGACCAAUGGCCGAGUCCACCAUCUGUCUGGGGGGAAAAUGCUUGGAGGAUCAAGCGGGAUCAAUUUCAUGUCAUAUUGCCGGCCAUCGGCGGCAGAUAUUGACCACUGGGGACGGGGGGGAAUCCAGGGCUGGACUUGGGGCGAGCUCGCCCCGUACUAUAGUAAGGCCCAGUGCCUUGAGCACGAUGUCAGUCGCCGGGACGAUUUAGGAUCAAUCAAAACCUGUCUUCCAAAAUGGGACCUGCCGAUCGAGCCGGCCAUGAUCGAUGCCCUGAACACCGCCGCGGGCACUGUGAUGCCAUCAGACCCAUGGUAUGGAAACCACCUCGGCUUCUACAAGUCGCUGUCGACGCUGGAUUACGGCACCACCAGCGAAGCAACUAAGCAGAGAUGCCCUACACGAAGCUAUGCAGCUUCGGGGUAUCUCGCCCCCGUCAUGCACCGCAAGAAUCUACAGGUUCUCGAUGAAGCCACAGUGUGCCGUGUGUCGCUAGUCACUGAGCCGACCAAGGCGCCUCGAGCGCGCUGGGUUCAUUUCUGGUACCGGGGCUCCUGCCACCGCAUCCUGGCAACAAGGGAGAUCAUCCUAUGUGCGGGAUCACUGCACAGCCCACAUCUGCUGGAGCUUUCGGGCAUCGGAGACCCAGAUGUUCUUCAUACUGCUGGGAUCCCCUGUCAGGUCGCUCUGCCGGACGUGGGCAACAAUCUCCGAGAACAUCCUAUGGCGUCCGUCACCUAUCAUUUACAAACACCCGAAGACAUACUCCCAAGGGGACCAACUAGCCAUGAUCGGAAACAAAACACCACGGCAUGCCCUUUUAGCUUGACUGGCUUUCUGCCCUAUACAGCCCUCGCCCCAGCGGACAAGAUUGAGCACACUAUCGCCAACGCGAGAUCUGGCAUCACAGACACUGACACCGCCACAACACGAACGACCACCCAUCUCCUCGCGCGGUUACAAGACCCAGAAUCCGCAGCCGUCCAACUGAUCGGGUAUCCCAGGGGCCUCAAUCUCGGCAGCCAAUCUCCCGACCGAGGGUCAUACAGCCUGCUUGUCAUCGGUAGUCACCCUAUUUCCCACGGCAGCUGCCACGUGCAGUCGGGGGAUCCGUUCGCAAUGCCUCGCAUCGAUCCCGGAAUUCUCCAGGAGUCGCCCGAUGUGGACGUGCUGGCCGCGGGAGUGGCAUUCGCCGAUCAAGUCUUCCACUCAAAGCACCUCGUCGGGCGCAUCGCGGAGCGCGCACACCCGGGCCCCUCGAUUGACUUUACUGAUCCGAAUCAGGCUAAGGAAUUUGUUCGUCAGUCUGCCGUGGCCUUUAAUCAUAGUAUCGGAACCUGUGCCAUGGGCUACGUGGUCGAUGACCGUCUCCAGGUGAAGGGCGUGGCCGGCCUCCGUGUGGUCGACGCCAGUGUCAUACCACUGCAUAUCGAUGGGAAUCCAGUGUCGACGGUGUAUGCGCUUGCUGAACGGGCAUCCGAUCUGAUUAGGGAGGAAUCGAGGAGGAGGCUCUCGACAUUGUGACUAACAUCCAGAACGUGCACGGGAAGGAAGGAUGCGUUUCGCUGGUGGAGUAGUAACGCGGGGCGGGUUACUGAGUAGGGCAUCAAGCCAGUACGGGGAAGCGCGGGGAAGACCGCCGGUCAAUGCCAGGGAUAUGUCAACUACUUAGCAUACAACUACGUAAACCA